AUGGCAUACUUGAAAGUGCACUCUUUUACACUUUCCAACAAUAAAAUCAAAAAGUUGGAACGUGAAACUUUCAGACAAUUCGUUGAUUUGAACAAUAACAAAGUCACGAUCCUUAAAAAUAACACGUUUUAUGGUUUAACAAAUUUAAUAUGCAUAAUACUACACGAAAACAUCAUCACCAAUAUCGAACAAAAUGCAUUUCACAGCUUAAGAAGUUUGAGAACAUUAUAUCUCCAAAACAACUUGAUAAAAUCCAUCAAUCGUGGUGUAUUAAACCAACUGGGUAACAUGUCAACUUUAAGACUUUCACAUAAUAACAUUGGGAUGUUGGAAGAUGGAACAUUUGAAGGAUGUAAGUCUCUCACAAAUUUAUAUUUGGAUAAUUAUAUUAUUACCAGAAUUGAUGCUCAUGCAUUUGCACCUUUUCGAGGUUUACAAAAUCUGUUAUCCGUUUAUUUGUCACACAACAAAUUAGUCGAGAUUGAUUUUGCUUUUUUUAACAAAACCUCUCGAUUAACAGGUCUAUACAUCAAUUCUAAUUACAUCAGAAUGGUGAAAAAUUCUUUUUCCAGAGGACUGCCAAAUUUGCUGAAAUUAGAUAUGGGCAACAACAAAAUGAUGUCUUUAAAAGAUACAGUUUUUGUUUGA